CUUUGAUCCAAACACGGUCUUCAAGUUUAGCGGGAAAGAGAAAAACAGAAUCUUCUUCCCUCCAAAUAAACAGAAUCAAUUUAUCAAGAGUUGUUAUUUACAUCGGACAUAUCGGUUUUCUUUUAACCUUCAACGUCGUAAUUUUAUCUUAACCAAGAUCCCCAAAUUCACACCAAAACCCUAGAUUCUACCGUAAAACUCUGAUUUCUCGAAAUUCAAGUUCGUAAACACUUAAUUGACGAUUUGUCCCCAUGGACGAAUUAACUGAGAGAGACGGGAUUGCCGCGACGGUGAUCGAAGUGGAUCAGACUCCACGGAGGAAUGUUCGCCGGAAGUUGGUUCAGUCGACGCUGGUCCCGCAUAAAUCGGAGGAUGUAAUUGAGUCCAAUGGGGAUCGAACCUGCGAUGCCGGUAAUAAGGAUGAAGGCGAAGGAGGAGAUGGAGAUCUCUGUAGCAGUCAAGGGAAGAAGACGAGAAAACAGAAAGAGAGGACUCCGAAGAACGGAGCUACUAAGAAGUUGGCUAAGGGAAAGUCGCCUCGAAAAUCAACGCCUAAGAAAAGUUCAACUAAAAACGGGAUUGUAGCUGGUUCUGAUCAAUCGAUUUCUGCCAAUGUCUCAACUCCAGUUCCCAAUUUGCGGCUUGAAGCAAAAUUAAGAGCUGAGGAAGAUUCGAGGAUGUCUGCAGGCAAGCAAAUACAUCCGUUUUUCUCGUCUUGGAAGGGAGGUAAGAAAAAUCAAGAAGCAGCCGCAGCAGAGAAUGGUAGCUGUCAGGGUCAAGGAAGAGAUAAAUUCGUCACCAUCGGCCCCAUCCAUGUAUUUGAGAGGUUUCAGGAUGUACAUCGGACCAUUGAUUGGAAGAACUGGACUUUCUGUGAGCAAACAUCCACCACUUGGAGUUCUGAUCAACAAAAAAAGUUCGACUCUCUUGAACGCCGACCCAAGGAAUUUGAUCUAAAUGAACUGCCGCCUCCUGACGUGUGCAUCAUCGAUGAUGAAGAGCCUAAACAAUGUGCUAGUCAAUCAGAAGUUGACAUAGAGGUAUCUCCGGUAGUCUUAGUAGCGUAUCAGGAGGAGAAACGUGGGUACCUUGGCUCCUUGGAAGGAGCAGAAGCGGGUUGUGAAGUUCAUGAAGCAGUUAACUUGUCUGAUCGUGCUGGUAGUGCAGCAGACAUUUCUUGUGAACUGCAAAGCAUAUCAUGUCGAGAAAGUAGCCAGCCUCGUAAUAGCUUAUGGGUAGAUAAGUACCAGCCAAGAAGUGCCUCGGAGGUAUGUGGUAAUACUGAAUCUGUAAAACUAAUGAACGAAUGGCUGUGCCUAUGGCAUGAGAGAGGAUUUCAGCCAAGCAAAGAGUUUUUGAGUAGUGAUGAAGAGAAAUCGCAAGAUGCUGAUUACAACUGUUCUGAAAGUGAUUCUGACUCAGAAAAUAUUGGUGCCGAAGAAUGCCUGAAAAAUGUUCUCUUAAUCGUUGGUCCAGUUGGGAGUGGGAAAUCUGCAGCUGUUCAUGCAUGUGCUAAGGAGCAAGGAUUUAAAAUCCUUGAGUCGAACGCAUCAGAAUGCCGAAGUGGAACAGUUGUUAGGCAGAAAUUUGGGGAGGCUCUCAAGUCAUAUAGCUUGCAAAGAUCCUUGGACCCUCUUUUCUAUUCCUGUAGUGAUGGUACUGGGGUAGAGGAUGUGAUUGAAGUGACACCUGUAUUGCAUAUCCAGAAUGACAGAGCUAGCGUGAAGCCUUUAAUUCUUUUUGAGGAUGUAGAUAUUUGCUUUGCUGAAGAUCGUGGUCUUGUUUCUGCUAUCCAGCAAAUUGCUGAGAAAGCAAAAGGGCCUGUGGUAUUGACUACCAAUGACAAGAAUCAUGUUUUACCAGACAACUUGAAGAGGAUAGAAAUACGCUUUUCUUUACCAUCAACAGAAGAGCUGUUUAGCCACCUUUCUUCGGUUUGUGCGGCAGAGGAGGUUAAAGUUAAUCCUGGUUCACUAGAGCAAUUAACCAAUUUUAGUGGUGGUGAUAUACGGAAAGCAAUGAUGCAAUUACAAUUUUGGUUUCAGAGUAAAUCCAAAAGAGCUAGAAAUGCGAAGAACACUGGUGAUCCAGAUUUCUUUGAUCAUGAAGCUAGUCACGUGCUCCUUCCCAAGAUAAUUUCACGGGAUUUUCCUUCUCAGUUAUCUCAGUUUGUGGAGAGUGAGAUUGCUAGAUCAUUAUCCAUGGCGGAGGAAACUUAUAACACAGUUGAAGUAUUUGUUGAAGAGGUUGAAGACGAAAAAAUGCUUAAUAGAUUGUGGAGGCGGGGCACAGAAAAGAACAGCAUAGAAUCCAAAAAAGCAGCCAUGUUAAGGCAGAACACUUGUUUUGAGGAUUAUGAUGAAUUAGAAGACGUCUUAAGUAUUCCGUUUGACCUUAGCAACACUUCCUACCAACCACUGUCUUUCUCUCAGCCAAACAGAAGGAGGAAGCUCAAUGUCGUGAUGUCCUCUGACUCAGAAGAUGACCCUUUAAGUGACAUACGGGUUUCAAUUUCAAGACAUCAGAAGGACGAAGGACUAGUUGUCCAAGAAAAUGGUACGGUGUCCUCAUAUUGUCCAGAUAUGCAAAUGGAAACAACCCCACUAGCUGAUCCUUCAGUUCCUUCCAGGGCAGAGAUAUUAGAAACAAGUUGUUAUCAGUAUGAGAAAUCAAUAGUCUCUUGCAUUAAUGAGGUGUCCCAGUCAGUUGAUGUAUCGUGUGUACCAGAAUCUUCAUAUGUUCCAGAAACUUUAAUGGAUGGUGAUGCUGAGCUGUCCCCAAGAGCGGUAUCUUGUGGUCAUUUUGAUGGAAGAGUAGAAGUGUCCAUGAGUGAAGAUGUUGUACAUAAUUCCCCAUCAAAAGAGAUAUACAUAGACAGAUUUCCGAGUUUUGAUUGCUUAAAGAAUACAUGUGAGAACACUGCAGAAUCUUCUGAUGGGGCAAUGAUGGAAGAUUGUUUUAAGGAAUUUGUAGGGAGUUCCCAGAAGAUGCAACAAGUAACAGAUGAAUGCAGCCGUAUAGAUUUUGGUAUGACAGUCAAGACCGCUCAAAAAUCGAAGGUUAAUACCUCAAGAUAUACGGUGCAAGAAUCAUGGAAAAAACUCAGUUCGAUUCAAGCUGAUCUGAAGCCAUACUUGGAUUCAGAACCUGUAGAAGCUCCAGAAGUUCUUGACAUCACUCAUCAGAUAACCAACUUAAUUUCAGAAGCUGACCUGACGCAUUCUAGAUGCCUGAAGUUUGUUGCUACGGAGCCAAUGAUGAACACUUCUGGAGAUCUUGACACGUCUGGUCUACCUCAUGUGCUUGAACAUAUGACUUCCACCGUGGCGCAGCAUGGAUUUAGCUUUUUCACAAAUCAAAUUGCUACAACAGGAUCUGUCCCUACUUCAUCAGCCACCAUGGUACCAGAAAGAGGUUUGGUAGUAGACGAGACAAGGCAGGAUUACACAUCGAGCAGUGGAAGCUGCUUGGAUAUGAAACCAGAAACACAUAUAGACGUAUUGAAAAGUGAGCGAAUGGUACACCUUUCCAGCAUAUUAAAGUCAGUAGUUCCUCCGAGAUCAUUGGAAGGAAUCGCUUUCCAUGAAUAUGCUUCAUUCAUAGGGCAGAUUUCAAGAGCAGAUCCCUCUAACUUAUCCGGAGCCUUGGAGAAAAGCAGACGGCGAAGGUCAAGAGAAGCUCAACACUAUCUGUCAAUGGAUCUAUCCUCAGAAGAUAUUGCAUUCUUAGGUCAACACAGCACAUACAGAAGAAAUGAAUAACAAUAGACUAGUUUCAGUUGUAUAUUAUUUAGAAAAGCUCCACACAUAGGAAGAGUUUUUAACGUGUUUGCUCAGCAACAAUUUAGCAGGGAUUAGGGAUCGAUCUUUG